CAUGCCCAGAGGAGCUGCGGCUGCUCCUGGAUCCCUGGAAGUGUCCCGGAGCAGGCUAGACGCGGCUUGGGACAGCGAGGGACAAUGGAUGGUGUCCCUGCCUGUGGUGUUUCAAUCCACUUCAGGUGUUUCAAUCAGGUACAUCAUUCCACUCGUGAACAAGACUGCUCAUGAGGCAUGGGGGCUGUUUCAGGACACCAACAGCAGUGUCCAGAAAGUGAACGCAAGUAUACCUGUGCUAAUUAAAUUGGCUCAGCCAGAUAUCCCCCUGCUGCACAGAGGCCUCAAGAAGCUCGUUGAAUUGGUGCUUGAAGUAAAAGCAGGAACUAUUUUGACAAAUUUAACACAGCAUGUUGACAUAUCCAUGGUAAAUGCAAUGAACAACAUCAUCAAACUUCACAAGCAGCUGAAAUCAGUUAUAAAGAAACCCUCUCCAGCAAAAACAGUGGGAGGAAAUGUCACCAUGAGCCUGGCAAGCCGAAGCCAGAGAAACAUGGAUAAUGCAAUAAAUCCAGGUUUUUCUGAGGCCUGAAAUCCUUUUUUCUCUGUAAUUAAUGGUUUCUUAAUGUACCAUGGACCCUGAAUGAGUGUGCUGCAGACCUUUCUCUUGUUGCAUACUGCAUUUUUUUUUCAAUAAACACUCAAAUCUUUGAUAUGGCACUAACUCAAAAUACUGUAUUACUGAAUGUUAUCAAAUAUAAUAAACACAAGCCACACUCC